UUUUUUUCAUUUAUGGGCGCUCUAUGGCCAGUUUUUGAUUUAAAGUGAUAGUAACUUGUAACUUUUUAUUUCAUUUACGUUAAAUGUCGUCAUUGAAUUGUUUUUAAAAACCACAAAUUAAAAACUUUACAACUGAGGAAAACAUUUUCUUCAUAUAAAUUCAGUUUUUUUAUUAAGUUUAUUUAUAAUUUUAUAUCAUCAGGUCAUCACAGAACAACAAUCUUCAAUCGAAAAUGAAAAAAGCUGCUACAAAGCCAAAGAAAGUAACAAGUGCCUACAAGAUGGCCCCAUCAAUGCCUGAAGGGAUGGUUUUGUGUGACUUGAUGAAAAAUCAGUGGAAGAUUGGAGCACCUGUUGGAAGUGGAGGCUUCGGCCUAAUAUACCUCACCCAGCCAGCAUCAACGGCACCAGUCUCUAAAAAUGCUGAAUUUGUCAUGAAAAUUGAACCGCACGAAAAUGGUCCUCUCUUCUGUGAGACAACAUUCUUUCAGAGAGUUGCCAAACCUGAUCAAGUGACAGCCUACAUGAAUAGCAAAGGAUUGAAGCAUUUGGGUGUGCCAAAAUUCGGAGCACUUGGUCACCAUGAGAAGGAUGGCAAGAAGUAUCGAUUCAUGGUCAUUCAGAGGUUUCUGACUGACCUUCAGAAGAUGUUUGAAAGCAACAACAAUACGUUUCCUCACCACAGCAUUUUUAUCAUCGGCCUGCAGAUGUUGGAUACAUUGGAGUUCAUUCACAGCCAGGGUUAUGCACAUGCUGACAUCAAGGCUGCCAACAUUAUGAUUGGUCUCAAAAAUUCAAACCAGGUGUUCUUGAUAGACUAUGGACUGGCAUUCAGAUUCCUCGUCGAUGGAAAGCAUAAGGAAUACAAGGAGGAUCCAAAGAAGGCUCAUGAUGGAACUGCCGAGUAUGCAAGCAGAGAUGCGCACAGGGGUGUCUGGCCGUCAGCACGUGGAGACCUGGAAAUUUUGGGUUACUGCAUGUGGCAGUGGCUGGCCGGCUCGUUACCAUGGGAGGGCAAGAUUGAUGAUAAGAACUUCGUGUCCAACCAAAAAAUCAGAUACAUGUCCAACAUCAACUCUCUCAUCGGUCCAUUAAUAAAGAAUGAAGCAAGUUCAAAGGGCCUGUGUGGAUAUUUGAACGUCAUUGCAAAGCUGAAGUAUGAUGAAAAGCCUAAUUAUGAACAACUGAGGAGCAUCUUCAAGUCAACACUGGCAUCUUUUGGCUCUAAGAGUUCAGAGAAAUUAGAUCUAACUAGCAAAUCAGUUACAGCAACAUCUGAUUCGAAGGCACAAUUUCAGGUGAAUAAAACACCAUUGAAAGGUAGGAAGAGAAUCUUAAGUGAGGAAAAUGAUAAUAAAAUUGAUGUCAUGGAUACAAAAAAAACCAAAGUUGCAUUGGUUUCUAAGUAUAAAUCUCCAAAACGUAUACAAGUUCGUUUACCAUCUCUUGCCAAGAAAACGACACCUGCCAAAUCUAACAAUAAAUCAUCUGCUGAGAAAAAAAAGCUGAAAGGUUUGUCUUCAUUAAAGAACCUAGUAGUUAACAAUUGCAACAACAAUCAAGUCAUGGUCACUGGAGGUCAAGUUGUUAGUCCUCUCGUUCGUAAGCGCAAGCGCAAUGAGAUUAAUUAUAACGAAGAUGAAGACGUCAACAUAUGUUCAGAAGCAGUCGAUGACGAUUAUGUCGUAGCAACAUCCAAAAGAGUGAAAAGAAAAAAUGUACCGAUGGCCGCCAUAGGAACCCAAACGUCCCCUGGCUUGAAAGGACUGCCCAGGAGUAGAAAUCCAAUCAAUAGUUGAAUGCCUGCAUCUUCUGAUCGUUCACACGGGAUGUUUAUUAUCUAUGUCAAAACACAUGUGUAAUUUGUUACAGUAAACAAAUAUUUUUGUUACCAGCUACUUUUUUUACUAUCAAGCCAUUUUUGCAACAAUUCCAAUAGACCACUGACUUUAGAACAUUCGCAAAGUUUUGUCGUCUUAACAUCUGUUCACAAAUGUUUGAAUACUAUUUGCGGUGCAUGAUUAAUUAACGCAUUUUAUACUGUGCGACUAAUGGCUAAGACUGAACAUAUACCUUAUUUAAAAUGGUAUGUGUAUGGGUGUAUUUGAUCUAGCCAGGCUAGUGAAAAGCAGCAUUUUUAGCAAUCAAGUUCAUGCAAUAAGUUUCUAAUAGUUUGUAAGAAACGUUUUUAAAUUGUUUCAUAAGAAAUAAAAUAACAAGUAGUCAUAAACUAAAGUUUUUCAAAGAAAGACCUGCCAAUGUUUGUAAAGCGCUAUUUCCGCGUUGUUCAACAGCGCUCCUCAGUGAAUUUUGAAAACCGAUGAGCUUGAGAUCUGUUCUGAACUUUGCAAGUGAGGAGUAGUUAGAGAAGGGGGUUGUGGGUUCCAGAGGAAAGGUCUGGAGGAAGCAGAGCUGUCAAUCACUAGAGACAGUUUAAAUAACGAUGCUACGUCGGCAGAAGCGACAAAUUUUUAAAAAUUGGCAAAAUUGGGAUUCUAACUGAGGUGGCCUAAACAGAGAAUCAGUCUAAGCCAGCGCCACUGAAAUUUAUGUUAUGUUACAUUCGUGGCUGGUUUUUCAAAUUCUUUCCAACAAAUUUCAAAUAUUUGUGUU